GAAGGCCGUGUGCAGCGCCCCGACCCCUAGCUUAGUGCCGAGGUCGGCCCACAGAUGGCCGAAGGAACAGCCCAAACGCCGAAGAAGGACCCUUUUUAACGAAACCUACCGAAACGAAAUUCAGCCCGAAAAAGAGCCGAAAAAGCAGCCGGAAGCAGUCGGCCGUUGGCGAAUCCUCGUCAGGAUCUUCGCAGGAGGACUUUUUGCAGACACUUUUCGCGAGACAUCCGCGAGAGGCGCCAAGAUCGGCCGACGCGCAGACAGGGCAGGGCGCAUGCGCGUCGGGCGCCGACUGGUUGCGAGAGUCAAGUCGCGACGGCCGCAGUCUCUGCAAUUGUGGCGCCGAAUCCGGCGAGACGAGUGCGAGUUUCGGCCGUCGACGGCCUCAGUGUCGCGAGUGAUGUGUGCUUCGGCCGCCGACGGCCGCUAGGCGGCCAGUGCAUGCCGAAUCGUCGGCCGUGUCGACAGUGCAGUCGGCCCCGUCGGCCGCCCCAAGUUAGCGGGGCCGCCUCUUGAGUCGCCGCCUCAUCCAUGAGCCCGAGUGCCCCCGCGCGCCAUGCUGUUUGGAUCUGGGUGUUCGUGGUGUGCGUGCUCGGCGUAGGGCAGAGCGCGCAUGUGCAGUGCGGCUGGUGGCAGCACUGUGCCCAGCAGGCUGGCCACCCGCGCCCGCUAGAAACGAUCGAGGGCAGUAGAGUGGCCGCGGUGGGCAGCAGCGCAGAGCUGAACGGCCGCCCCCAGCUUGAUGGCCCGCCGGUGAGGCCGACCCCGGCCGCCCCCCGCUUCUGGACUGUGUGUCGCAGCUUGUUUAUGGGGGCGCGCCGCCCCGGGCACGCCCCCUGCUGCAGCGGCGAUGUCGUCCGUUGGACCAGCACGUGCCCACUCUGUCCCCAAUGCGCACCCCAAGCGCCUGACUGCCCCCACUCUGACUCCUCUACUGAUCAGACAUUCGCAUUCCAAGGAGGAGCGCCCAGUCGGGCCGAAAGGAGGGCCGUGGCCGAGGCCGCAGAGCAGCAGGUGCGGAAUCGAGACGUGUGCAACAGCCUGUCUAAAAAUUUGCCUGUCUCAAUCCCAGUGCCCGAGAGAUCCAGAAACAGAGAUUUCAAUUUCAGGAUACCUGAACAGCAGGAGGAGCUAACGCAGCUGAAGGUGGCGCCGAACCGGACGGCGCCGAACUCGGCGUCCAUGCCGACUCGAAUGCGGGGCGCUGGCGGCGGGCCUCCGAGGUACGGCGAGACCACGUCCAACUCGUUGGCCGCCUUCGACCAGAAACAGGCCCUCAACAAUGUGAAAGUGGUGCCGUGCCGGAACAAUAACAAGCCGUCAAGUGAGAGACAGUUUCUCACCUGACCGGGGGCGCCGCCGCCCCCAGCAGGACUCGCCCCAGUUGGACGAUCAGUGGUUCUUUUGUGUUGCGCAAAAAGCAUAACUGCAGACCAUAAUUAUUAAUUAUGAUUAUUAUGAUUAUUAUUAUUAAUUACUUCAUUAAACACUCUAUUAUUGAAAAAUGGCAAA